AUGUCCGAUGGCGGCGAACAGGCGGCUGGUGAUGCUGAAGGGCAGACAGCGCCAGAAGAGAAAAGUUCUGCCCGGGUUUGUGCCGAGACCUCCUUGGACGCACUGGCAGUCGUUGGACGUGGCAUAAUGACCACAGGUUCCGCUUUGCUCACUGCUGUCCAAUACACUGCGUAUCCCAUCAAGGAGGGUGCCAUUUGUGUCAUGGACACCACGAGUGAGUACUUCUCUCCAUACUUGAAGAAGCUGCACCCUCUGGAAUUCUGGCAUCCAUCAUGGUUAGCGAAUCGCUCAGACCCUGUUUCUUGCAGGCAGGCAGCGAACCACGUACCUACAUUUCGGUACGGAUGA